AUGACGGCACAGAUUCCUGCCUCCUAUCCCCAGCCACAAAAACAGCUCGGCCAUGCAGUCAACUACCUAACUGGUAACCACGAAUAUGACAUCCCCAAAGAAACCAUUGACGGAGAAAUUGCUCAGCUCCGUGAACGCCUAGAAAGCAAGCCGUCCUUCAAUCCCAGCCUCAUUUUUGAUCCCGAAAAGCACCUAAUCAAAACCCCAGAUGUCAAGGUUUUCACGCUCCACGACUUGAAGAUCAAGAAAACUCGCGUUGCGCCAGUAUGCGAUUUUGCCGCCACAUACCCGUUCCCCCUACUGACCCAGGAGGCAGUGGAUAUGGUUCUCUGGGAGGCUUUGCGUCCAGAAGUUGUCGAAAAGUAUGGCCGUCUUCCUAACCUCGCCAAAAGUGCUACCCGUCUCGACUUCCACAUCGGCGGCCACUGCAGUCGCAGGGCCCCAUUUACUCAGGCACUUUGGAACAGCGCAGAGCUUAAAGAAACCCUCGAAAAUUUCACGAAAGUCAAGAUGAAGCCGCUGUUUAGUGCUGGUCACUUCAACUUCUCCCUAGCGGAAAAGAACGCUGCAGAGCCUCCAAGAGAGGAGCUUCUCAAAAAAUACAGCGAGCAGAGAAACGGCGACGACGUGCCCUCGUCGCUGGGAAUGCACUACGACUCCUCGACGUUUGCUCUUGUUAUUAUGGCUGAGCUCGACGAGAACGCUAUUGGAGGAGAGACCGGUAUUGUCACCGGCGACAACAAGUUUGUGCGCGUGCCAGACCCAAAGGUUGGCUCUGCGACACUGAUCCAGGGGAUGGUGCUCAAGCACGUGGCCACUAAGCCUGUCUCUAAUUCCAACCGUGUCACAGCAGUUGCUGGCUUCUGCGUGGCAGGGCCCGAAAAGCUGGAUAACAGUCUUCUCACCAGUGUGAAGCCGUCAAUUCUCCCGCGUCAGAAAUACAACGAGUUCUACAACGACUGGGCGCAGUUCCGGCUCACAAACCUGGCCGAGCACAUCUCGCACUACCGCGAGCAGCUCAAGACCGACGACCAGUUUGACCAGGAGGAAUUUAUUGCACACUGUCAGGAAAUGGAGAAGUACCUGCGAAAGUGCUGGGACGAGAUGGAGGCGUACCACAACCCUCCGUAUCCACCGAGAGAGUUCCACGUCUCGUAUGAUGAGCUGUAA